AUGGAAAAAUCGUCUCGAAAAACUGAUCGUCCCGAUAAGGCCAUGACCGAGUCGGAGUUGGCCGCGGCGCAGCAGCUGAUGCAGCUUAGCGACGAAGAUAACAACAAUAACAGCAGCAGCAGCAGCAGCAGCAGGAGCAACAAGAACACUAAGCACGAGGGUGAGGAGGUUGAUCAGAGGCCGUUGAUCAAUGUGAUCAUUUGGGCAAAGAUUGAAGAGAUUUUUGGGAAAGAAGAAGAUGUUGAUCGGCCCAAGAAGCGAAGAUACCGGUCUCUUGCGAGUAUUUAUCUGACGAGCAAACCAGUGAAUGCAGGAUCAGCACAUGGGAAGAAGGUGAGGACAUUUUAA